CGACAGCCAUGAUAUAAGCCACUAGAGCUCAGUGCUCCGACUACCACGCAGGAUCCCGCAGUCUCAAGCUACUACAUCACUUUCAUCCUCUAUCAUCUAUCCCGUAAUGAAGAACAAACAAUACACCAAUACACCGUCUAAAUGGUGGUCUGGUUAUUAUAUAAGUGUUGCCGAUUUCAAGGAUCUCGUCAAUUCCAUGCCGAAGACAGCUGAACACGUCAGUUGCUUUGCCGGAGUUGGAGAGUUGGAUAACACAGAGUCGGGGCCCGCUGACGGGUGGGUAUCCGAGGAUUUCGACCCUCCUUUCAGAGCAUAUGUAGUCGCCUGGGGUGGAUGGAGAAGUAGAGCGAAGACCGCCAGGGACAAAAUGACUAUCCUAACCCUUAGGUAUACCAUCAACAGUCCUGAUCCCGCUUCCGUCUUUUCAAAGGAAAUCAGUGACAAGGACUUGGCAUCUGUCUUUCUUCUACUGCCUCAACGAAUUCAGAAUGAACCCAGGCUUCCCAUCUCCACGGAGACCCUCGCUGACCAGCAAUGGUUGCAGGCUUUGGGAGACCUGGUAAGCAAGUUUGGCGGGCAUCUAGACAAGGAAAAGUUCAAAUUCGGAUGGGAGUCGGAUGUUACACUAUUCGACCUCAUUCUCGGAUUGUUGUCCCGGGCCGCGCACCCAUACCUAGACAGUAAUUUGAAACUGAGCGUCCUUGUAGUGAUACCACAAUCUCAGAACUGAUUUUGCUGCGUUGACGUCCAACUGGUCAUUCAAACCUGCAUGCCUCGAUCAAUUCAUUGAUGUAUACCGACCGAUAAUGACGCC